UCAGCCAUAUUGACAACCCACCCAGGUAGGAAGCCCUGAGGUUCCAUGGAUUCAGCCACAGGAAGGAGAGGGGGCGGAGAAAUGUCCAAAUCUAGCCCUCAGCUAAAGCAAAUAAUAAUGGCUUGAAGCUUAAAAUAGAUCCAGGGAGGAGCUCAUUAACAGGCAUACAAAGCAAUUCAGCACCCCUGGAAUUUCUUAUUCUGGAAAUUGCUUUGGUCCGUUUUUACUGCCUUCUAUUCAUCAGAGGAGAAAAUACAAACCUUUAGUAACAUGGUCAUCACAUCUGACAAUGAACUAAUUUAGACCAGCCAAAAUAAUUGUUUGACAGGGACACAGGACUUCAACCUCAGUUCAGAAAAUCCCUGACAUCUGACGUAGGAGGAUUUAUAGGUUUAGUGGAAAUUGCUUUCUCCUGCUCUCCAGAUUACAUACUGUGGGUUGAUUUUUUUUGCAUGAGUAAACAUCCUUCUAAUAAUGAACAGACCAAUAACGUCCUAAGAGAGAAAAAGAACAUCCUUUUCCUCUUUGCUGUUUCCUGAGGGAACUGUUUGGAUUUGGAAACCCAUGUUGCCUGUCCAGAAUAUGAAAGUUGGCAUCUUCCUUUUGUGGUGGGGAUGGGUUUUGGCCGCUGAAAGCAGAGUGCACUGGAAACAAAGAGAAGUACCCGAGAUGUCUAAGAAAGGCAGGCGUCAAAGACAAAGACCAGAAGCACACCAAGAUGCUCACCAGUAGGGCAGCCCAAUUUUGAAACGAAGCCCUGACAUCACCAAAUCGCCUCUGACAAAGUCAGAGCAGCUUCUGAGGAUAGAUGACCAUGAUUUCAGCAUGAGGCCUGGCUUUGGAGGCCCGGCCAUUCCUGUGGGUGUGGACGUGCAGGUGGAGAGCUUGGACAGCAUCUCAGAGGUCGACAUGGACUUCACGAUGACCCUCUACCUGCGGCACUACUGGAAGGACGAGAGGCUGUCCUUCCCGAGCACCAACAACCUCAGCAUGACGUUUGACGGCCGGCUGGUGAAGAAGAUCUGGGUCCCCGAUAUGUUUUUCGUGCACUCCAAGCGCUCCUUCAUCCACGACACCACCACGGACAACGUCAUGCUGCGGGUCCAGCCCGACGGGAAGGUGCUCUACAGCCUCAGGGUUACAGUGACUGCAAUGUGCAACAUGGACUUCAGCCGAUUUCCCCUGGACACACAAACGUGCUCACUUGAAAUCGAAAGCUAUGCCUACACAGAAGAUGAUCUCAUGCUGUACUGGAAAAAAGGCAACGACUCCUUAAAGACAGAUGAGCGGAUCUCUCUCUCCCAGUUCCUCAUUCAAGAGUUCCACACCACCACCAAACUGGCCUUCUACAGCAGCACAGGCUGGUACAACCGUCUGUACAUUAACUUCACGUUGCGUCGCCACAUCUUCUUUUUCUUGCUUCAAACUUACUUUCCUGCCACCCUGAUGGUCAUGCUGUCCUGGGUGUCCUUCUGGAUCGACCGCAGAGCUGUGCCGGCCAGAGUCCCCUUAGGAAUCACCACGGUGCUGACCAUGUCCACCAUCAUCACGGGCGUGAACGCCUCCAUGCCCCGCGUCUCCUACAUCAAGGCCGUGGACAUCUACCUCUGGGUCAGCUUCGUGUUCGUGUUCCUCUCGGUGCUGGAGUAUGCAGCCGUCAACUACCUGACCACCGUGCAGGAGCGGAAGGAACGGAAGCUGCAGGAGAAGCUCCCCUGCACCUGCGGAUUACCUCAGCCGCGUGCUGUCAUGCUGGAUGGCAGCUACAGCGAUGGGGAGGUGAAUGACCUGGGCAACUGCAUGCCCGAGAAUGGAGAGAAGCCCGACAGGAUGAUGGUGCAGCUGACCCUGGCGGCGGAGAGGAGCGCCCCCCAGAGGAAAAGUCAGAGGAGCAGCUAUGUGAGCAUGAAGAUCGACACCCACGCCAUUGAUAAAUACUCCAGGAUAAUUUUUCCAGCGGCAUACAUUUUAUUCAAUUUAAUAUACUGGUCUAUUUUCUCAUAAAUGCUUGUAAUUCUAUAAAUUUCACAUUCUUCUGUAUGUACUACAGAAAUACCUGUAUGAUGAAAAAUAAUUUAAGGUUAUGAUAAGAAAGUUCCCAGUACCCACCUUUCUCCAGCUUUCCAAAAAUACAUUGACAAGACAGUUACUGGUUUAAUUUGCACUUAUUAACCAUCUACUGAAUUCGCAGCAUUAUACUCGGUGCUGAUAGUUGUUACUGGGUCCCCUGCAAAAGCACACUGCCAGUGUUGUGGUCGCACUGUAGUUCAACCUCUCUUAGACCCUAGAUGCUCAUUCACAUGAAUGAUGUCCUUUACGUGAACGUCAUUAUAGUCUCUGGACUAGGUGGAAUUCGGAAGCACCUAAAAUUCAUUUGCAUGGAAUAUAUAUGCACCUAAAUCUCCACUUUGACCAAAAGUCAUGCUUCAGUU